AUGGUCAACGACCCGAAAUUUCGCUCGAUUUUCGGCCGAUACGUGACCAAGUACGUGAAUUUCGUGGUCCCCCGAAGGAAGCUAGGAGUAUGGGACGACGAACCAGAUCUGGAAACUCUGUACGAAGACGAAUAUUCGUGCCAAGGAGGCCAAUUCCACGAAGUAUGCGGCGGGGCCCAUGGCCAUGUUGUUUAUUUACGACCCGGCGAAGAGAUACGAGUUUUGGAGGUUUUUGACUUACAUGUUCGUGCAUAUAGGAACUGGUCAGAAAUGAGCUUCCCAGCAGUCCAACUCAUCAGUUUCCUUCUUAUAACCGGCGUGGACGUCGGUACUUCCAUCUACAACCGCUACUGGGCCAAUAUGGAGGAACAUAUAGGAUACGUUGCGCAUUUUGCUGGGCCUGUGGCGGGUCUCCUGGUCGGUAUAGUUGUUUUGAAGAACUUGAAGCUCACGAAGAAAGAAAACGUGAUGUGCUGGAUUGCCGUGGCUGUUUAUGUUAUAUUGAUGUUGGUCGCAAUCUGUUGGAACAUUUUCUACACUGAUUAUUUCCCCAAACAAAUUUAAAUUGUGUUUUUUACAAGUUUUUUUUUAAUAAAAAUUUACAAAAU